UCUAGCCAAAUAGAGCAGGAAGUAGAGAGGAGAGAGACUCCUGGUCACACCCCCUCCUGCAUCAGGUUCUCUGCUUUCCAUUUCCCUUCCUUGCCACUGUUCUGGAGGCCUCUCUUUUCUCCGGGUGUCCCUGGAGCUGGAGCUGAAGAACAGGAAUCAGGUUAAAAAAGCCAUAAUGAUGUCUCCAUCAGAUGAUUUUGAGAUCCUACUGAAGGGACUGAACAGUUGGAAUCUUCCCAAUGGUCCUGUCCCUUGUGAAUUGCUACUGAUUGGUGAAGCUGCCUUCCCAGUGCUGGUGAAUAAGGAUGGCCAGGUCAUCAUUGCUGCCUCACGUUAUGGCCAAGGCCGCAUGGUAGUCAUGUCUCAUGAGAGCUACCUGCAAGAUAGGAUGUUGGCUCAGUUUCUUUUCAAUGCUAUGGGCUGGCUUAACCAAUGCCCAGGUGCUGCUGUUGGGGUACACACAUCUGUUGAACCUCUCACUCACAUUCUCAGUGACUUUGGGGUGGAGGUACAGACCAUGGAUGGUCUUGAGGACUCAAUAGGAGUUUACUGUAUCAAUGCCUAUGACAGCACCUUGGCCAAAGAGAUGAUUCAAUUUGUGAAAAAUGGUGGAGGUUUACUCAUUGGGGGCCAAGCUUGGUAUUGGGCAAGUAAACAUGGAUGUGACAAGGUUCUGUCCAAUUUCCCUGGGAACCAGGUCACCAGUGUAGCUGGUGUGUACUUCACUGAUGCCUAUGGAAAGACAGACUUCCUCAAGGUCUCUAAGAAAGUACCUAAAAUUCCACUUACAGUCAGAUUUGGGGAAGACCUCUCUCAAGAUCAACAGCAACUCCUACAUGGGAUCACAGAGCUGGAUAUUAAUACUGGUGGACUGCCUUCUCAGCUGCUGGUUCAUGGAGCCUUGGCCUUCCCUCUUGGGCUAGACUCUUCCCUUGGUUGCUUCCUGGCAGGUGCCCGUUAUGGCCAGGGUCGAGUGGUGCUUGCUGCUCAUGAGGGCAUGCUCUGUGCACCCAAGCUGGGCCCUUUUCUGUGCAAUGCUAUUAACUGGCUGGCAGGGGGCCAGACAGGCAGAAUUGGGGUCAACCCUAAUCUUAAAAAUCUGUAUUCCUUGGUGGCUGAGAGUGGCCUGGAAUGCAGCAUAGAAUCCCAUCUGACCACUGGCUUAAGUGUUUACUGCUGUACAGCCUAUAGCGACCAAGAGGCAGAGAAGAUACAUGAGUUUGUGGCAGAGGGUAGAGGAUUACUGAUUGGGGGCCAGGCCUGGUGGUGGGCCUCCCAGAAUCCUGGCAAGCCAGCUGUGGCUGAUUAUCCUGGAAAUCAUAUCCUCAACCCCUUUGGCCUCAGUAUCCUAGAUUCUAGCCUGAAAAGUGGCCAAUUUCCUGUCCAUGUGCCUAGUAAAGGGAACUAUCACUUUCGCUCAGCAUUGUCUCAGUUUCAAGAUGAGGUAAAAGGAGGAGAGGUCUUGGCAAAAGACUGGCAAUCUAAGCUAAGGAAGGAUUGUGGAGCUUUCCUGAAGAUUCCUGCAGAAGGAGUCCCUGCCUAUGCCUCUCUACAUAGAUUCUUGAGGAAAGUCAUCAAACAAACUGGCCUCCCCCAUGUCAGCCAGGAUCAUCCUGUGCACAGCAAUUCCUGUGAGGCAACCCUGCUCUGUAUGGCCACUGAGCUUGCUCAAAAUGGGACCACUGAUUGUUUUUCACUGGUCCACAGAGCUAGCAAUGGGACUUGUCCCUCCCAAGUGUACUCCCCUGGACCCCCUGUCACCAUGGAGAUCAAUGGCACCAGUCCAGAUUUCACUCUCUGGGUGAGCACUGGACUCUACCUCCCUGAAGGCUUUCCUGUAAACAUCACAAUGCCGUGUGCUGCUGCUACUGGCUUACAGGUUCAAAUUGGCUGCCACUCUGAUGACCUCAAUGGUGCCAAGAAGCUUUGCCGAGCACCUGUGGUGAUUCACCGAUGCUGUCUGGACAAACCAGAGCUGUCAGUCUCCUCCCUCUGGGGGGGGCUCAUCUAUAUUCUUGUGCCUCAGGGCAGCAACUUGGGUCCUGUGUCUAUCACCAUCACUGGAGCUGUGCCUGCUCCUUACUUUAAGCUGGGAGAGACUAAUCUGGAGGAGUGGAAGAGCAUCAUACGCUACCACCCAGUGCCCUGGGGAGAGCUGGCAACAGACAAUAUCAUCUUAACAGUGCCAUCUGAACAUCUUCAAGACCUGGAAGACCCAGAGCCAUUGCUUCAUCUCUGGGAUGAGAUGAUGGGAGCUAUAGCCCAACUUGCAGCAAAACCCUUCCCUUUCCCUCGUCCUGAGAGGAUUGUGGCUGAUGUACAGAUCUCAGCUGGCUGGAUGCAUUCAGGAUAUCCCAUUAUGUGCCAUAAGAAGUCAGCAGAGGAAAUAGUCAAUGAGAAGAGAAUAAGAUCUAGUGGCCUCUGGGGCCCCAUCCAUGAGCUUGGCCACAACCAGCAACAACAGGUCUGGGAGUUCCCACCACAUACAACUGAAGCUACCUGCAACUUGUGGUCUGUCUAUAUACAUGAAAUGGUAUUAAACAUCCCCCGGAGCCAGGCUCACCCUGCACUGACUCCCUCAGAUAGGGAGACCAGAGUACGAGAAUACCUGGGGAAAGGGACCCCUUUGAAAGAAUGGAGUGUUUGGACAGCGCUGGAGACUUAUCUGCAGCUACAGGAAGCCUUUGGCUGGGAGCCCUUCAUUCAGAUCUUUACUGAGUACCAGACCUUAUCUGGGGUACCCAACAACAAUGCUGGAAAGAUGAACCUGUGGGUGAAAAAGUUCUCUCACCAAGUGCAGAGGAAUCUGGUGCCUUUCUUCCAGGCUUGGGGCUGGCCUGUCCAGGAGGAGGUGGCUGCUUCCCUGGCCUGCCUCCCUGAAUGGCAGGACAACCCCAUGAAUGUGUACCUUCUUAUGGAGAAUUAAGGGGUGCCCAGCAGACCCAGUGUGUCUAUAGACAGGAUAUAUUUUCAUCUACAAGAUGGAUGGGUGGAAAUGCUCUGGAUGUAGUGAGUCAGCACCGUUGAUUCAGCAAAUGUUCACUGAUUGUCUUUAAUGUUUGGGAUGCUAUGGCUGAUGCAAAGGAAGAAAGUCAGCUGGAGUCUACCACCUCUCUGAAGGGGAAAAUAAGAAAAGCACAUGGAAAGUUGUAUAACAACAUGAGUUUAAUAACAAUGUGUAACAUUUAAAAUUAUGAGACUGGUUGUAACUUAAUAACUUUAUUAAAUCAAAAAGUAGUAGUAGUUGUAAAGAGAGGAAAAAGUAGGAGAGAGGCAGAGAGGUAAUGAACCUUUCUAAUCUGCAGCUGCCAUGAUGGGCCUCUAGCUACAAUCCAGCAAGGGAGCCUUCUGCUCCUCCAGGCGCAUGCCAAAGACUUCAACUUCCUGUCAGUCUCCGCUUAUAAGCUCUUUUCUCCACCCACUAACUCUCACAUGUUAAGUCUCAGGAACCAAUCAUAGUUUCUUUUUUUGGAAAAUUUUAUUUAAUUUGUCAGUUUAGAACAUUAUUCCUUGGUUACAAGAAUCCUAUUCUUUCUCUUUCCUCCCCCUACCCCUUCCCAUAGCAGAUACACAAUUCCACUGGGUUUUACAUGUGUCCUUGAUCAAAUCCUAUUUUCAUGUUGUUGAUGUUUGCACUAGGGUGAUCAUUUAGAAUCUCCAUCCCCAAUCAUAUCCCACUUGACCCUUACAAUUAUAGUUUCUUAAUUUGUCUAGGCUACCCAGGGGAGAGGUGCCUGUGGAAUCAUUGUUUCUUUGGUUCCUUAACUUCCUCUUCUGAGAUUCAUUUAUACCUGAAUUUACUCAGUGGUAUUUGACCUCCAGGUCAGUGGGAGAGGAUAUGUUAUUUUAUUUUUUUUAAAUAAUAUUUUAUUUGAUCAUUUCCAAGCAUUAUUCAUUAAAGACAAAGAUCAUUUUCUUUUCCUCCCCCCCUAAACCCCCAUAGCCGACGCGUGAUUCCACUGGGUAUCACAUGUGUUCUUGAUUCGAACCAAUUGCCAUGUUGUUAGUAUUUGCAUUAGAGUGUUUGUUUAGAGUCUCUCCUCUGUCAUAUCCCCUCAACCACUGUAGUCAGGCAAUUAUUUUUCCUCGGUGUUUCUACUCCCACAGUUUGUCCUCUGUUUAUGGAUAGUGUUUUUCUCCUAGAUCCCUGCAGAUUGUUCAGGGACAUUACACCGCCACUAAUGGAGAAGUCCAUUAUGUUUGAUUAUACCACAGUGUAUCAGUCUCUGUGUACAAUGUUCUCCUGGUUCUGCUCCUCUCGCUCUGCAUCACUUCCUGUAGGUCGUUCCAGUCUCCAUGGAAUUCCUCCACUUUAUUAUUCCUUUUAGCACAAUAGUAUUCCAUCACCAACAUAUACCACAAUUUGUUCAGCCAUUCCCCAAUUGAAGGGUAUCCCCUCAUUUUCCAAUUUUUGGCCACCACAAAGAACGCAGCUAUGAAUAUUCUUGUACAAAUCUUUUUCCUUAUUAUCUCUUUGGGGUACAGACCCAGCAGUGCUAUGGCUGCAUCAAAGGGCAGACAGUCUUUUAUCGCCCUUUGGGCAUAGUUCCAAAUUGCCCUCCAGAAUGGUUGGAUCAGUUCAGAACUCCACCAGCAAUGAAUUAAUGUCCCUACUUUGCCACAUCCCCUCCAGCAUUCACUGCUUUCCUCUGCUGUCAUGUUAGCCAAUCUGCUAGCUGUGAGGUGAUACGGGGAGAGGAUAUUUAAAAAAAAAAGGGGGAGAUUAUUUCUUCCCCUGCUGGCUCCAAAAGGAGGCUCAGAACCUAUCAAGUUUUCCUUCACAGGAGAUCUGUUUUUGACUUAAAUAUGCUAUUAUUCAUCAAUACUGUAUAAUGGUGACAGCACUGGAUUUGGAGUCAAGACUUUGGUUUGAAUCCUAUCUUUGUCAUGCAGCACUUGUGUGACUUUGGAGAAGUUGUUUGAUCUCUUUGAGCUUCAAUUUCCCUAUCUUUAAAAUGAGAGAAAAGGAUAAUAUUCAAGGCAUGAGAUGAUGAAGACCUGCACUUAAGUGGUGGUAGUGUCAUAAGAGAGAAGGGGGCAUAUUGGAGAGAUGCUGCAAAGGUGAAUUUGACAGGCCUUGGUUGCCAUUUGACAAAAUGAAGGCUUAAAAAAACAAAUAUGCAUCAUCAUUCGUCAUGAAGUGACAUCACAACAUGAAGGUUGUGAUUCCAGUAAAAUUUAUGGACGACUUACAUUAGCUGUAAGUCAGUAAAUCCUUCACUUUUCAUCAAUAAAUCAACAUUUAUUAAGUACCUACUAUAUUCUAGGCAUUGUGCUCUGAUAUUAUUGAGAAUAAAGACAUUCUUUUUGGUGGAUUCUUUUUUAAAAAAUUUAUUUAUUGAUUGUUAAAUUAAAAUGUCUAGGUUAACCCUUUCCUUCUUUUUUCCUAGAGAAAGCUUCAUUUGCCAAAUAUAUAUAUUCCUGACAUCUAUAUCAUGUAUAAUCACUUGGGAUUUUCUGAACUAUUUGGAAAUUUUUUAUUUAUUCUAAUUUGUUUUUUCCUCUGUUCUGUUUCUUCUUUGGCCUGAAUUAGCCUUUUAUCCUUGAUUGAAGGAAGAUAGAGAUGCUGAGCUUUAUAAUAUUUUAUAACACAUAUUUAUCAUAUGUUAUUAUAAUAUAUUAUCAUUAUAUAAUACAUAGCUUAUAUAUAAUAUAAUAUUUUAAUAAUGGUAUAUAAUAAUUAUUUUCUGAUACUGUACAACAUGGUAUAACAUGUGUAAUAUAUAAAAUCAAUAUUAUACUGAU